AAAAGAGUGAAACACUACAAAUAAAGAUGCUCCAACUUGAUAAUGAAUUUAAGUUGUCAAGAGUAAAAUCAUUGGUCUAUCACAGUUUUGGAGGUGAAAGUUUGCAUUUUUCUCUACUCAGAUGGAUCAGAGAAGAGGAAAUGAGCUAGAUGAAUUUGAGAAGCUUCUUGGAGAGAUUCCAAAAGUUACUUCAGGAAACGACUAUAACCAUUUCCCUAUAUGUUUGAGCUCAAGCAGAUCAUCACAGUCCAUCAAGAAGAUGGAUCAUUUCGAAGGACAAUAUCUUCCUGAUGACCGCGCUUUUACCACUUCAUUUGCUGAUGCUAACUUACACUUUGGAAUCCCAAACCAAGCUCCUGAAUCUCCCCAUCCUUUGUUCAUUAAUCCUACUUACCACUCACCAAGUAGCUCACCUUGUGUAUAUGACAAGUUUGAUUCAAGAAAACUUGAUCCGCUAAUGUUUAGGAAGCUGCAACAAGUUGGAUGCUUUCCAAACUUCUCUUCCGGGAUCUCACCUGCUCAGCCGCAGCAUUACCUGCCACAUUCGCAGUCUCUGUCUCACUAUCAAUCUCCUAUGAAUUGGAGGAAUAUGGAAGAGGAAAAUUUUCAGAGGCUUAAACUGCAAGAAGAACAGUAUUUGUCUAUGAACCCUCAUUUCCUUCAUCUUUAUAAUAAUAAUCCGGGCAUGGAUACUGUUCCAAGACAGGAGCAUUUCGAUUAUCGCCGAGCUGAACAGUCUAACAGAAACUUGUUUUGGAAUGGAGAAGAUGAUAAUGAAAGUGUGAGGAACAUGGAUGGGGUGAGGAAAAUGUGUUAUCCGGAGAAGAUUUUGAUGAGAUCACAGCUCGAUUUGAACACUGCUAAAGUCAUAAAGUAUGGUGCUGGAGAUGAUUCACAAAAUGGAAGACUUUGGUUGCAGAAUCAACUCAAUGAAGAUCAUCUCACAAUGAGCCUCAACAAUCUGUCAUUGCAGCCUCAAAAGUAUAACUCUCUUGCAGAGGCAAGAGGGAAGAUAUACUACUUGGCAAAGGAUCAGCAUGGUUGUCGCUUCUUGCAGAGGAUAUUUGCUGAGAAAGAUGGGAAUGAUAUAGAGAUGAUCUUUGAUGAGAUCAUUGACUAUAUCAGUGAGCUUAUGAUAGAUCCUUUUGGGAAUUAUUUGGUUCAAAAGCUGCUCGAAGUAUGCAACGAGGAUCAGAGAAUGCAGAUUGUUCAUUCCAUAACUAGAAAACCAGGACUGCUUAUCAAAAUCUCUUGUGAUAUGCACGGGACUAGAGCGGUUCAAAAGAUCGUUGAAACGGCUAAGAGAGAAGAGGAGAUUUCAAUCAUCAUUUCUGCUUUGAAGCAUGGCAUUGUGAAUUUGAUAAAGAAUGUAAACGGUAAUCACGUUGUUCAACGAUGCUUGCAGUAUCUGUUACCUCACUGCGGCAAGUUCCUUUUCGAAGCUGCCAUUACUCAUUGUGUUGACCUUGCAACUGAUCGACAUGGAUGUUGUGUACUUCAAAAAUGUCUUGGCUAUUCCGAAGGCGAACAAAAGCAACACUUAGUCUCUGAAAUUGCGUCAAAUGCUCUACUCCUCUCUCAAGACCCUUUUGGGAACUAUGUUCUUCAAUAUGUCUUUGAGCUUCAACUUCAAUGGGCAACCUUCGAAAUCCUCGAGCAAUUAGAAGGAAACUACACCGAGUUAUCGAUGCAGAAAUGUAGCAGCAAUGUAGUUGAAAAGUGUCUGAAACUAGCUGAUGACAAACACCGAGCUCGCAUCAUCAGAGAAUUGAUUAACUAUGGUCGUCUUGAUCAAGUUAUGUUGGAUCCUUAUGGAAAUUAUGUCAUUCAAGCAGCUCUUAAACAAUCUAAGGGGAAUGUUCAUGCUCUUUUGGUUGAUGCCAUUAAACUGCAUAUCUCAUCUCUUCGUACCAAUCCUUACGGUAAAAAAGUCCUCUCCGCACUUAGCUCGAAGAAGUAAAUCGGCAGAUUUGUAGCAAAUGUUGGUGUUUGUUGUUGGUAAAGUUACCUUGUACAUGUAAUGUAAUAAGAGCAUAAUUCGCAG